GAAGCGGGGCAGAGUGGCGUCGCGGGGCGGGUGGGGCCUCGGCCUCCGCGGAGGCCCCACCUCAGUCUCCUGCCUGCUGGUCCUGGUCCCAGAUCCUCCCAACCCCCACCCCCACACUUCGGGGACCUGCGAACUCGGCCGUGACAGCACCCCUUGAGGAAAGACAUUCUCUGCUCCCACCCAGUUGGCAGGGCCAGCUUCCUGAAUCUCCCGGGUGUGUCUUAACUGCCAGUGCCAGCGCCUCCUGAAAGCCCCACUCUCUCCCUCCAGUGGUCACAGUGGAAGGAUCAUGGGAGAAACAGAAGGGAAGAAAGAGGAGGCUGAUUAUAAGCGACUGCAGACCUUCCCUCUGGUCAGGCACUCGGACAUGCCAGAGGAGAUGCGAGUGGAGACCAUGGAGCUGUGUGUCACGGCCUGUGAGAAAUUCUCCAACAACAAUGAGAGCGCUGCCAAGAUGAUCAAGGAGACGAUGGACAAGAAGUUCGGCUCCUCAUGGCACGUGGUCAUCGGCGAGGGCUUUGGGCUGGAGAUCACACAUGAGGUGAAGAACCUGCUGUACCUGUACUUCGGGGGGGCCCUGGCCGUGUGUGUCUGGAAGUGCUCCUGACGCGGCCCCUCCCCAGCCCCCGGCCCAGGGGGGCCCAGUACUGCCGGCAGGUGUCACUGUCCUGGUCUUUAUCGGCCAUAGGCAGAUGGCCCCAGAAGCAGCCUGUCUGCUCAUGGGACACUGGCAGCGUCUCCCCUUGUCCUCUGGAGAAGUGAUGCCCCCCGCCCCCCAGAAGCCCCUUCCCCGAUCUGACCCCCAGGCUGAACAAACCACUGCAUCUCAUGGGGCUGGUAGCACCCUAGUCCCCCAGCUUUGGCCUGAGGACCAAGCAGCCUUCCCCGGUCCUCUCCUCUCCCCACCCCCAGCUGCCAGGCUGUGAGCCUUUUGUACCUGCCUCCACCCCUGUGCUUGCACUUGGUAGCCCGGGGCGGAGGGUGUGGACAUCACUGAGCCUCUGCGAGGCUCCGGGGCCAGGAGUGCACUCGCCACAAGGCCUGUUUGCAGGGAAUCCUGGCCUGCCGGCUACCAAUCAUCAGGGACCGCAUGCUAAUUUGUACUUCUUAUCUCUGCUGGGUUUUCUAUAUUCUUUUUUGAGCGUGGGGAGAAGGGUUUUAGUAGAAGGGUGAAUCCUAUUUUACACAGCGGUCUUAUUUAUAUAAAUGUCUUGGUUUUUACAAUUAAAGUGACCAAAAAUGGACCUUGA